UGAAAAUCCAGUUUUUAUUCAAGAACUUGAACUUAAACAGGACACUUCCAUAUUCAAUAAAAUGAAUUAUCCUAUAACUUUACAUUUGACCAAUAAUUCAUUACCAUUUAUUUGUGAAACUGAUAUCUAUCAUUGUGUAAAAAAAGGACGAAAUAUGCAUAUUAGUGGAACAAGAGUAUGUCCUAUUGGAUAUUACAUUAUGUUUACUGAACAUUUAUGGACUUUGAAAGAAAACUCCGAAAUCUAUUCAGGUUUAACAAAUGAUAUUCUUAAUCCUAAAGAUAAACAAGCAGAUGAAUCAGCUGAGAGAUUUUUUUCAUCUUCUGUUUUAAAAG